AUGGCGGACCCGUUCAUCGGUUUCGGUGAAGGGAUUCCAGUACGUCUCCAUUAUUUUAAUUGCACUCGUGGAGAAAAAUAAGUUGUAAUUUACAAUCUUAAGUAAUUCUGCAAUAUCAUUUCACUUAAGAAGUGCUGUUUCAAUCUUGUUUCUCAGGUCUUUGAGGACGAAGAACUUCAUGAAUUGGAUCCGACGUUGACAAAUCUCAAAGAAGGAGAAACUUACGACCAGUUAAAUGACGACACAUUUGGCUCAGGCGCUUUAGGUAAGAAAACACUUUAUACAAGUUAAAGUGUAUUUUUCCAAAGACGUUCUUGCCUAUACACAGUGAGCAAAACCACGUGGUAAAAUUGGGUAAAUUUGCUCGCUGAAAUAAGUGACACUGAUACAAGCGCAAAGGGUAAACUGCGCAAAGAAGCUCGAUAACCUAAUUUACUUCUGUUAAUUAUCAGAAGGUUUGGAUAUUGUAAAUGUAGGAACUACUUACAUUGUAUAAGAUCUUUUUCGAGUAAAAUGUUCUAUUAAGUUAACAGGACCUGGCUUUGCACUGCAGCAUUGUAGUAGAGCAGGAAGUUGGACCUCUGUUGUAUCAUGAAAAUUUGGUCAUAUUUUAUGAAGCAUGUUGGUUGUGUGUUUUAUCAGAGAAGUGUCACUUAGCAAACCCUUAAUGUUUAACCAAUUUAGGACUAAACAUUCUACAGUUCUUCUUUUUUGAAAUGAAAAACAUGUAAGCUUGGAACCUCCCUGCUGAAACACAAAGAACACAGCAUUUAUGGCUUCUUCCCAUUUAUUUUUUGUAGAGGAUGACUGGGAACUUUCCCACAGGAAGUUGUCAGGUUUGCAUUCAGAAGGGACACAUGAAGCUAAUUAUGAUGAGUGGCUUAAGAAGAAAGGGUUUGAACUCCAGUCAAGUGAUCUUAGAUUAACAACAACAAAGGAGUUGAAAAGAACGGGAAAGGAAGAUCCUGAAGAUGAAUUGGACCGGGAAGAGGUAAAGUAGAGUAGUCAACACAUCAUCAGAUUAAAACCUACAGUACUCUUCCAGCUACUCUUCAAGAUUCAUUUAUAUCACAGUGGUGGCUGACUGCAUGAAGAAGACUUCCUGUACAUGUAUUUACAGGGAAAUUAUCUAAAACAUAUUUGCCUUGUAAAGGGAGAAUUUAAAAUAGACCAGGACUCAGUAAGGACAUUACUCAGUCGACCUUUUCAUUUGAAAGUUAACUAGAAUAAUCUUUACAGCUCGCAAUACUUAAGGUUGCCUUGACAUCUACCUCAAGUAGGUAGGAAAGAAUGGCAAAGGAUUAAAAAUGGCUUAAGAAAGGUACUUGUAUUAAGUUUAAUGUAAGGCAGUUCAUUUUAGCUGUUAUGAAAACAUUUACUUAUAGAAUCAAUUCCUUCUAAAUAGGAGAUUCUUGAACAAAACUUGACCAAAUUGGUUGAUGAUGAUGAUGCUGACUCCAUACCCAUCCCUAGAAGGUCCAAGCACAAGGUAUUCUAUUUUGUCUUAUCUAUUUAAAUAGAUAUACUGAAGUUUCAAUAAAGCCGGUUAAGCAGCAGCACAAAAGUCACAUACCAACAGCUACAGCUGUAUAUACAUUUGGCAUUCUUUCUUUCUGUAUAAAUUACAUGUAUUUCCAAUGAGUAGAACAAAGCUCUCCUUUUGACCACUCUGAAAUGCAACCAGCUCUACUCAGCUCUUGUUACCACCAGUAUUCAAAUGUGGAACUGCAUUUGAACUGUGGCUGUAUUUUUCUUCGUUUUUUUGGUUUUUGUAAGCAACCGCACAGUCAACACUUCAAUAAGAGCAUUUACAUCUUGAUCAAAUUUAGGCCAACACAUAACAUAAAAUGAUGCUAAUGGUUUGUUAUUCUUGAAUGUAUCGAGUAAGAAAGAAACUAACCUACAAAAAAGAUCGAAUGACCCCGAAUGUCCGUUCUUCCAGCUUUUACCUAAGGAAAAGAACACAAGGUACAAUCUUAGAAAUAUGUCAGUUUCUGACACUGACAGGUUUAAGAACAUUUUUAGUAACAGAAUAAUAAUUAUUUUUAGAUAUGAUAUGUAAAUAGUUUUUUGAGUUUAUAUUGUGACUUAGGAUAUGUGUUUUUAUCUUAAGAAAUAAAGAUUCUUCUUCUUCUUCUUCUUAUUAUUAUUAUUAUUAUUAACCUAAAAUGUAAUGGUAAUUAAAAGCAUGUUCCUUUCUCAUAACGUGUUUUAACAUGUUAAUCACAUACCGUAUUUACCCGUGUAUAAUGCGCACUUUUUUUCCCCGAAAUCGACCUUCAAAUUUACGAUGUGUAUUAUACACGGAUUCCAUUGUUUGGUCAAGAAAACAAAAGAAGACAAAAGCUUUGCAGUAAUUGGUGUUUAAUAAACUCAGUAAAGUUGUUUAAAGACACUGAACACUUUACUUGAAUCGAACGCAAUACAGUAAUGAUACUCAAGGUACCAGCAGUGCUGUCAUUAGAAAUACCGGUAAUGUUUAUGAAUUGCUGUUACACAAUUUGUAAAACGUUUGACUUUUAUUGAAUAGAAAGGCGUGUAAAUAAGUGCUCGGUGCGUGCGAUAUUUGUAGUUUGUUGUAAACAUGUCAUUAAUGAAUUCCCAGCUCUUGUUAAUUAAAUGGAAAAAUGGAAGUUUUAAUUCUUGGUGUUUAUCUUGAAAUCUUUUUUUUUAGAAUAAAGUGGUCAAAAAUUAGGGUGCGUAUUAUACACGGGUAAAUAUGGUAGUUCUUUACAAGGACCCAUUUGUUGUCAAUGCCUUAUUAUUUUCGUGCAUAAAUCAUGUGACAUCUACAUGCUACAUGCUACAUGUGCAUGCACUAAAUUAAACAAAUAUCAGUAAGUGGGUCAAAAAAUUGUUUUACUGACCAACACUACAGUAUUCUGGAAUAAUCCAUAAAUGCAUUCCAAUUCUAGAAUUCGAGGUCAAUCAAAAACCCUUACCAUUGAAGAAUUAUUAUUGAAUGAGGUUGAGGAUAAUGUGAAGAAUUAUGCAGAUCAAGGAGAAUGUUAUUGGCCAAGCUGGACUAUUAACAGCCUCCAAGAUUUGCAUAAUUCUUCACGUCAUAUGAAAGCUGAAUUCAAUAAUUGUUUUAUUAUUUUUUACUUCCUCAUAGAUUUUUUUCAAAACAUUAGCCUUUUUCUCGGCACGGUUUCAGGAUACAAACAGAUGUUUUUCUGGCAGAUGCUGCUCAAAAAGUAGAUACUCUGUAACAUCCAUCAAGGAAUAUGUUUUGCAUAUUCUUGGGUUUCUUCCAUUCAGUUUUAGUCAGAAAUUCAGCCAUGAACACCAUUUUUAGUUUACAUUGGAAUUAAUGCAUUAACAGCUAGGUUGCUGUAGCUGGAAACAAGGUUGAUUGAUGGUUUUGAGGCAAUAUACCACUAAAUCAAUGGCAUAUUGCUCACAUUUUCCUGCUGGUUCUGAAGAGUUAGCCAAUCAGAAAUGGCGAAAUAUUUUGAAUGAAUAGUAAAUAAUAAUAAUGAUCUUUCCACUUGUACCUCAGGAUAUCAAGCAUCCAUCAGGUGUUAAUCCAGUUUGGGAUGGUACUUCACCUCUGUCAAGUCCUUCAUCAACAACUUCAAUACAUGAUCUGGUAAGGGCACUCUAAAACAAUUUACAGUUUAUUUAUGUCCUUCAUGUAUGCUUUAAGAAUCACAACAAAUUACAUCCCUUAUCUUAUUGUUUAGGUUUACACCACGUAUUUAAUAGGAAGCAAAAUGUAUCCAAGUUCACUUGGUUGUCUUACCCCAAGAGAACUUUUCAGGGGCAGCGUGCAAAGAAAGUCAUGUCCAAUAGCCCGGGGCUAGUGGAUUUUGCUAUUGGGCUAGUGAUUUUUGUUUUUAAGUUGCCCAACGGGUAAAUGCUGUUUUGGGGGGAAAUACAAAUUACAGAAGGAUUGUAAUCAAUCAUGCCAAUCAAGAAGGGUUUAGCUUGCCCAAAUUGCAGGCUGUAAAACUGACUUUCUUCGCACCCUGAGGGACCUUUUUGGUGGGGGAAGGGGGGGGGGUCAGUAGGGUAGGGACGUUUUAGGUCAAACAGGAUACAGUCAAACGGUUUACGGACACCUCAUUAGUAUGGACAGUUUCUAUGGCAAUUUCAGUGUCCUUAUUAAUGGGGUUUGACUGUAUUUAAUUCCCAGAAGUGGGACUUCACAUUACAUUGGUUUUUAAAAAUUCUUAUUAAAGUGAAAAUGGAUACUUUAAUAAACCAAAAAUUAAUAAUGUUAGGGACAUAACAAUCAUGAGUCAGCUAUUAACAUUAUACACCUGUACAUGUACAUGCUAUAAUAAUUGAAGUAAUAGUUAAAAUGUUGUUGUUUUCAUUGUUGUUAUUGUUACAUGUACUUUGCCUUUUUUUUCUAAAUGCUUAUCCCCCCUCUAUAAUAGCAUCCAUUUAUGGGGGUACAAAUGUAUCAGUUACAGGACUGUUAAUAAGGGUGACCUUUCACGAAGCCUUGAUGUCUAAAAAAGGAAACUUUAUUUGAGUGUCAAUGUACUUAGCAUGAAAGUACGAAUUGAGGACACUAUUUUUUACGUUUCCUACUGGAGACGGGACUGCCAUUUUACGUGGUCAUCCGAGCCACAGGAAGGUCUACCCAUUUGCAGGGCAAACAAAGGCAGUACCUUCAUUUCUCAGUUAGUUUAAGACCAGGGCUGAGUAUUGGUCUGGCCCUGGGAAUCAAACCCGUGACCUCCCGCUCUGCAGUCAAGCGUUCUACCGACUGAGCUAAUCCUGCCGCGGUUCUUCAGUGCCAUUCAGUAACAUGUACUGCUGGUUUUUCUAGAUAUCGCCAUCUUCAAACAUCUGGGGAUCACCCUCUAAACUUGAUAAAGAAAAUGCAAAUAAAGGACCAGUCAAUACUCGACAAUCUCCACUGGCUGAAUUACUGAAGGCAGAAACUGAGAGGAAACGUAGACUGAGGAGACCUUUCUCACCAGCAUUUGAGGUAAUGUGAGUGUGUUUUGGUCAUUCUCUGGCCACAAAGAACCUCAAUUGCUGAAAAUGUCACUUUCUAUAUUCUGUUCCUGAUACUUCCAAAUUUCGGCCCUGCACAGAAGGCAAAAUUUCAAGUUAAUGUGCCCUCAAUUUUUACCUUCUACUUUCCUGCUUCCUGUCUUUUUUUUAUUUUUAUUUUGCCCCUUUUUUUUCCUUUUCCUGGGCAUUUACUAUGCUUCACUUUGGAAAGAAAAGUUUUCAUGAAAACCAGGAGAAUUGUGAAAUAAUUUCACAAUUCACAAUUUAUUAUUUGAAAGGGGGAAGAGAUAGGGUGGAGUGGAGCAAGACUCUCAUUGGAAUUUUCUGUUCGACCUUGCAUGUUUUUUUUUUUUGGCAUUUUGUCGCACCUGUUUAACUGAAUUGUGCUCAUUUGUGUAUACAUGUCGUUGGAAAAAUGACUCAUUCACAAAUUAGGUGGCAAAGUUGUCUACGACCAUUAAACUAAUAAGACCACAACAGUUUACAAAGAUAGUUAUGUCCUGUAGAGUGGGCAGGUUAGAGCUUAUGAUCGGGCUAGUGAGUUCUUUCUUAACUUGCCCAAUGGGAACGUAAAGUUCUGUUCCAAAGUGUUUUUAGUGCUGUAAGACACUGAAGCUUUGUAGUAAAUUCAUGUUGACCAAAAGCCAUAUUUCUUAACUGAUGUGACAAAGGAAAAUCUUGAAAAACAAGUAUCACAUGACGUUUCAUGUCAGACUAGACAUUGUGUGAUCGGCAAAGUCUUUACUCAAAAUACCUUAGAAGUAAGGCUGCUAAAGCUUUCAUUAAAUUAUCUCUUGAAUUAAGAAAUAUAUGAUUAUUAACAAGUAAAGAAAGCAGGUAGUUAAUUAAUGGUGGUGGGUGCUUAUGUAGUUAAUUAAUAAGUAAUAAGAAAUUAUUAAUCGUGGUCGAAAAUAAAAUUUGGGGGUUAGUCAAAUGACUUUUGAGAUCGUACAAUGUAUACCGUAAACUUCUGCUAAUACCCCCUCAAUUUGUCACAACAUUCUGAAGUGAGUAAAUUAAAAAAGUAUUUUGAUCAGCUCUGCUAUGAAGUUUGUUUUGAAAUGCUUUUUCUAGUCCAGUUAUAAGCUCCCCUAAUAGGUGUAAAUUAUAAGCCCCCCCCCAUGUUACAAACCCCUCACGUCUGCACAAAAUUCCAGAGUGGGUUAAUUAAAAAAGUGUUUUGAUGAACUCUUCUAAUGAGUUUGUUUUGGAAUGCCUUUUUUAGCUCCCCUUUCAGCCUCCCCAAAUGGUGAAAAAUAAAAACCCCCCCCCACCCCCCCCCCCCCAAUUUAUAAGCCCUCCUAAAGCCCCUUACGAAGUCAUAUACAUGUAAGCCCGUGGCUUAUAAGCACAAGUUUACAGUAUGGUAGCUGCCAACUUUCUUUGCACCCUGAAGUGAGCACAAAGGAUGAGGAUCUGCAAGCCUAGGGUGGUUUUAGGUAGUUCAGGUGUGAAUGGGUUAACGUUGCUUUCUUUGCAGGAUGAUGCCAUAGUAACAGCCAUACCACCCCCAGGGCUGAUACCACCAAGCCGCUUCAUGAAGAAACCACCCCCAGUAAAUGCUAUUAAGCUGGAGGACCUUGAAAAGGAACUCACUGGUGAUAGCAGUACCGCUCCCCAGCAAGUGCCAGAAGGUCCAAAACAAACCCCUCGCAAGACAAUGAUUGGCCAGCCACCGCCUGGUAUCCCCAGACCAAUGAUGACACCUCCUGGUUUGCCUUCUCCUGCAUCUGCGAGGAUGGUUAGUGUCUGCAUUAUAAAGUUCUUACGGCGUCACAGAAUCAUGACACAGUAUCGUAAUGUAAAAUCAUUGCAAUCCACACAAACCAAUCACAAUAAGUAAUGCAUUGAUUCCAUUUAGAUGUAUCCCUUAAGGCUGAACAAGGCGAGGUGAAAAUUAAAAAAAGAUGUGCCCUUUCGAGCAAACAGUACUGUUCCUGAAGCGUACCUAGCCCAGUGUAGCCGUGCAGGCCCACUAACCCCUGUGUUUACUGACAUUAGAGAGAUUAAUAUUCACGUUUACGCCAAAUGGCAGACAUGAAUUUGUAUCACAUAACCUAAAACAUAAGUUUUCCCCUGAUUUUUCGUUUACUCUUUAUUGCUUCUACACAAAAAUGAGUAGUUUUAUGUCAGUUUUAACGAUAGGAAUCAUUCGGGACUGUUUUUAUCUGGUUAUUUUCUAUUCUGAGAAAUUCUCAACUUGAGACUGGCGUUUGCCGUUUGCAGUAAACGUGAAUCGUAAUCUCUCUGUUUACUUUGUCUUUACCUUGGAAAAUAUUGCAUGCCCUUUAGGCAACUUGUAAUUAAACCAUGCCUGCCGGCUGGGUCCCUGUACCAGCCCUAGGCUAUCAGACAGCACUUUUUUUAUGCCUUACACAAUAAAUAAAACUAUAUUAUUUUAGGCUUUUGGUUUCACCUUCUGACUGCCUAAGUAAUGGGUGCAAGACUGUGAAGACCAGUUGUCACAAAGAAACCAUGCAAUUGAAAGGUUUUCAGUAAUUAUUAGUAAAUAGAUCUCAAAGACAAGAACAGUAGGCAGUGUUUAUGUAUGUAUGAACUUGAAUACUACAAAAUACAUACAUACAUUCCUGGCCCCAGUUGUUCAAACAGUGGAUAAUGCUAUCCACUGAGUAGCAAAGGAUAAUAAAUAUAUACUGAAACAAAGGAUAAUAAAUGCUCAGUUAGGCAGGGAUACUACAACAGGGGUAAGCCAAUUACAGUAGUCCCAGAGUUAAAAAAAUAUGUGAAAAAAAAAGUAAAGCUGCAUAUGACAAUUAAAAACAACAAUGAAGAUGGAGAGACACAUUACAUGUGAACGUUAUAAGACAGACAGAUGGUUUUCCAGGAUCGUGGGCGGUAGUUAUGUUAAGAGGCAUCUACAGUACAUGGUACUUAUACAUGAUGGAUUUGAAUUGACUGAUAUGAAGGUUACAUGAAAGUUGAACAUCAUUUGCUAACGUGUUCCAGAUUUUGGUGGUUCUAUUAAAAAAAGGUCUCUGAAAAGUGACGGUAUUAUAUUGAUCUAAAAUACUCAGCACUGAGCAAGUCACCUAAUUAGUAAAUAGAUAUGUGUGUUAUUGUUCACAGCAUACUCCAGCAAGGCCCCCUCCGAUGUUUCAGCAGAGACCGAGUCCUUCCAACCACAGUAUUCCUGGGAUGCCUGUUAUGCCUGGAAUGUCUAACAUGCCUGGAAUUCUUGGUCCUGGUCCAGGCCCAGGUCCUCAUAUGAUGAGAACUCCAAGGACACCUUUUCCAAGGCCUCCAUUUCCCAUGAUUCACUCAGACCCUGGUGGGUACAAUUAUUUUAUAGUACAUGAUGUUAUGCAUGAUUUUUUGAAGUAAUUCCCAGUUGAUUUCAGUUCUAAUUACAAGGUUUUCCUUCGCUUUGUUAGGCUUACUUAAGAAUAAUAAUAAAAAUUAUUAUCCAAUUUUAACAUGUCCAGUUGGUACAUCAUUUGUGUGCUUCACAUAUAGAUUGGACAAUCCAACAGUAUAAACACUUAAACCUCUUUUUUUGCAAGAUUCAAAUGUAAAAUUGUUAAAAUUAGUUCUGUGAGGGUAGCAAAAAAGACAAAAUAUGCCAUCUAGGAUUGCAAUGCUGUCAGUUGUAAUAGCAGAGCCAGGGUGGUGCAGUGGUGAGAGCACUCAACCUCCCACCAAUGUGGCCUGGAUUCAAAUCCUGAUGUGAACACUAUACAUGUAUGUAGCUUGAGGUGCUCUGAUUUGCCCCUUUCCUCAAAAACCACACUUCCAAAUUCCAAUUAGACCAGGAAUCAGUAAGACAAUGAGCCACCAAGUGGAAGUGCUACCUCUAAAUCAUUAAUUUGUAUUAUUUAUUUAUUUAAAAAGUAGAAUGUAAGUGUAUAUGUUACAGGUCAAAAUUUAAUUGAGGUUAAAGUUUUUUAACCCAGGUUGAUUCUCGGUUUCCUUUGUCUCCUAGCCUUAAUUAUUCAUGAAUUAGGGCUAGGAGACAAAGGAAAUUGAGAAUCAAACAAGGUUAAAAAAUUUUAACCUGAAUGUAAUUUUGACCUGUAACAUUAUACAUUCAAACUUGUAUUCUGUAACAAGGUCACCUGAUGUUACAAAGAGGCAUGCUGAACUUUCCAGUGAGUCCCCAGCACCCAAGAUUUGCCAGUCCUCAGUUUCAUAACAGAAGAUUUCCAGACCCACGGCAGAAUUUUCCUAGACAGCAGUAUGAUAACCGUUUCUUUAAUGAUAAUCGCUCACCCAGACAGCAGGAUAGAGGUGAACAUCAACACCAGUUUACUGACUUGGAGAGGAAAAUUCACAACAUCUUAACAAUGGCAGAAAGUGCCCCAAGAAAGGAUGAUCCAUAUGCUGGGCUCAUGACUAGAAGAGAAAAGGAAUGGUUGAUCAAGAUCCAGUUAAUUCAACUCACUAGUAAUGAACCUGAACUUGAUGAUUACUACUUCCAGGUACAUAUUGGUGGUUUUCAUUGCCAUGCCAUCACCAAUCAAAAUCAAAACCAUUCAAUCAAAGUAAAAACUCUAGGAAAUGGAGGACCAAAAGUCUUGCCAAGAAUUUGAUUUCUCUGAUUUUUGAUAUGCAAGAUACUCAGGAAAACAAUUGUUUUACCCACAUUUAUAAAGCUUUGUAUAAAGACACCAGGUUGGUGUCGCUUUGAGAGGCACAACCAUGGCAGCCGAAUACCAACAGAAACAUCUGUCUUUAUUAAAUCAUAACUUCUGCCAUAAUGCGUGAAUUCAUUGCUUGAGGAACUCAUAAGGAUUAAUUAAAAGUGAUAUUUAUUCAGAGACAAGUAACGUUCAGAUAGCAAAAUCUCAAACGAUCGGUAACUUUUUCAACCUACAUGAUAGCUUUCUCAGCCGCCAUCUAAAUGCGACAUAACGCAAAAGCUUGGAAAUUCAAGCGUGCCCCCUUGCAAAUCCAAGAACCUUUUUGACCAAAAACUGGUAUAAACAAUCAUGUUUAGAUGCUGUAAUACCCCCCAUGAAAGUAAACACACAAAAGAAUAAUUUUUUAUUUGUAAUUUUUUAGUUUGCGUUUUGGUGCUGUCUUGUAAGACAAGGUAGGGCCAUUUGCUGGGACAAAACAAGGUGGUGCUUUAAAUGGGUUGGCUGUAUGGUAGGCUAGGGGGUUCCACAGUCCUCUUUUCACUCUUUGAAAAGGGCCCUGCACGGAUGAGGGCAGUGGCUUGGAGAGUGAAGAUUUUUUAGUCGAAUAGUGCACAGCCUUAUCUGCAAGAGGUCCUCAGUUCGAUUCCCUGGUGUGAGCCCAAAUCCUUGUUUACACUUUGUUCCUUUCCGUAUAGCUUUAAGUAGCUUUAAAUACCUGUAAAACUGAGCACUAAGGGAGAUAGAAGGAGGGAUAAAAUGAGCACAUUGUUGGCCUUAGCUUUGGCAGUUUAAUGAGGAUUGUUAUAAGUUAUAGACCUUACUUAUUUAUGUUCUAGUGACUAAAAUACCAGUUUGUAUUUACGUUGUUUUCAACUUUUGUCAGACGUACACAAGAAGAAAAGCUGCUAAAGAACGUGAGAAGCAGAGCGAGGGUGUUCAGUUGCGGCCCAAUAUUGAAGACAACAGGAAGAGUAAUGAGACAACCAAGAUGGCAUUACCACAGUUUGAAAGGGAAAAGAAGACCUACACCCCAAGUGAGUGCAAAUUAUUUACCAGUGCUCGCAUUUUCCAAUUAUCUUUUCUUAAUGAAACCUUAGAGGUCUUGUAAUCUCCUACAAUGGGAAUUGACAAGGCCAAUACGAUUAUUGUAAGGGUUGUGACAUAACAGGUGGUGGUUUCAGUAUAGCUGCAGCGAUACUGAAAUACCGUAGGCUUCUGCCUUUAAGCUCCCCCCCCCCUCCCCACUUAUAAGCUCCCACAGUAAUAGACCCAUCUACCUGUAAACUAAAUAAUACACCCGAUUAUAAGCCCCCCCGGGUAUAAGACCCCCUCUAACUUGUAUUGAAAUGAACUCGUUUUUUUAAUGACGUUCAAGUUUCGUAGCUUGAAGAGCGAGUAAAUUGGAAAGUAUUUUGAUCAGCACUGCUAUGUAACUCGAUUUGAAAUGCUUUUUUUUAGUCCAGUUAUAAGCUCCCCAAAUACAAGCCUCCCCCCCAUUUAUAAGUACUCCUAAAACCCAUUACGAAGUUGUACACCAAGCGAAAGGUUACGGUAAGUCAAUGUGCAUGUAAUUGUUUUCUUUUUCACAGCGCAUUACCAAGGAACUCUGGGAAAAGUGUCUUCAUCAUCUGUACAGCAUCCAAGACAAAUGGUGGAUUUAAUGCACAUCACUAAAACACCUGAACAGGUACUACUACUGCCUGGGCUACUGACUCAGUGUUACCUUUGUUGGAUUAACUGCAGAAUACCCGGCCUUUUUGAAGCUAUACCCCUAAUAACAGUGGCUACGUGGCUAUGCGGCUACGGGGCUGGUCAUUAGCUGUAACCUGAUUAGGAUUUCAUAUGUUUCCCAAUUCUUUCUAUCUUUCUACCGCUUGAAAAUAAGUUCCAGGUAUUGGCCUAAAAUAUUUCAAACGAGCGCAGUAUUUCCCGCUAAUUGUAAAUAGUAAUAGAAAGUUAACCGCGUAGCCACUUAGGGUUAGAGUUACUGUUAGGUUUAGCUGCAAAAUAAUAAUAUUUUUAAUUAUUCAUUAAAAAUAUUUCGCCAUUUCUAAUUGGCUGAAAAUCCCCAGCUAAUUCUUCAUAACCAACCGGCACUGACCAAGUAUUGAAGGUGGUAGCAAUAUACCAUCGAUUCGGUGGUAUAUUGACUUGGAAAUGAGGUUGAUCAGUUAUAUAUUUGCCUAGAAACAAGGCUGUAUGGGCAACUGAACAGACUAUUGAUCAACCUCGUUUCCAGGCGUGGCCGCCUAGCUGUUUAUUCCCGAGUGAGCUAAAAGAAAUGGUGUUCACUGCUAUCUGAAGUUAGUAUGAUGAGCAAGAAUAUUUCUAGCUGUUGAUAAAUGAUAGUAUCUCAACGAUCAUUGCCGUAAAUGUCAGCAAAACUACUGCAGACGAUAGCAGAUGUUUGAAUAGUGAAUGCUAGCUAAAAUAAUUAUGAAAACUAAACUGAAUUAACUUACAACUUUGCUGAACAUCUCAGUGGCGGAUCCAGACGUUCAGAUAAGAGGCGGAGAAGAGGGGGGGGGGGGUUUUUUUUUGUUUCCCCCGACCCUCCGUUUGGGUGACAAAAAAGGGGGGGUCCCGGCCCCCCCCCCCCCCCCUACUCCGAGCGAGCCCCUCCCCUGGAUCCGCCAGUGCAUCUGAAUGGUUACUUUACUCCUUCUAGGAGAAACAUGGAAGUUCAACACCUAUGAAGGAAACAAAACGACGUGGACAGCUGUUGCUCACUAUAGAAAAGGUACUGUGUGAUAGGGACACUGUGGCUAAGAUUUUAUUCUAAGAUUUGUUAUUGUCUUUAACGAACAAUAAAUUGACCUUUCCACCCUUUUUUUUCUACUUUUGACAUGGACAAGUGAGGGAAAAUCCGUCAAUUCCGCUGGAAAGAGCACCUUCAACAUUAGUACGAUUUCCAAAUUUAAAAGUGAUUUGUUGAAAACUAACGAAGCUAUAGCUCCUCAGAGUCGCGAAAUUUUACAGUUUUGCGUGGUGGAGGGCACAAACUUGCCUGUAGUUGUACUCUUUACAUGGUUUUUGACUGAUUGUUCGGAACUCUCAAACUGUGACUUUCACUCUCGUUUUCAGGGUUAUGAUCAUCUGUUGAAUGUCGAAAGUUUAGACAAAAAGUUAAUCCAUCUCGAGGAAGAGGAAAGGUGUGUAUGUUGUCAAAAAAGAUGUACGUUCGAUUUCUUUACCCACUUAGUUCCCGUUCACACGUAUCCGUUUUUGUUUGAAAGUGGAGAUUUUUUUUCUCCGCUUUUCUCCUCACGUUGCGUUUUUGAAUCGUUUUUUCCCGUCCAAGCGAAAAUGCAGUACUUACUGAAAGCGGUACCUUCUUGGAUUGGAGCAUGGGCAUUUCGUCUCAUCUCGUGUGCGGGGUAGGAUCGUGGAUCCAACACCGCGACGUAUUCGUUUUUCCUGCAUCCACACGAGUCCAGCAAACGGCGUUUUCGAAAAUUUCGGCUCUGGAGAGUGAUUUGAAAAGAUGCGUUUCCGCUGACCGUUUUCACCGGACACGGGUGGACGAUAGGCCAGACCAGAGGGAAAAAAUCUCCAUUUUCAGACACAAACAGAUACGUGCGGUGUGGACAGGGACUUAAACAUUUCAGAACUCUUAAAGGAGCUGUGUCACGAAUUCAAACGGAGGGAACUGCCACCAAAUUGACUGAAACAUAAAAAUAACCACUCAAAAUAUAAAACGAAGGACGUAUAGAUAACAGCAAAUACAGAAGGAAGCACGGAUGGACAAACUUGAAGAAGAAGAUUGAAACAGAUUGCAUUCGGUGGUUUUCGAAAACUUGUUAGGCUAACUGUUUUUCAAAGUUCCUUUUUGUUGUUUGUAAGGACUGAGAUAAUGCUUGGGAGACAUAUUUGUUUGACACAAAGCUGUGAUUUUGUCAUUCACAAGUAAUUUUUUCAAGUUUCGUAGCGAAUAAGGACCCAUAACUGGUAUCAACUGGCGUUAUGAACAAGAUAAACUGUGACACAGCUCCUUUAAGAACUCGUUUAGUGUAGGAAAAGUGUUGGGUUUUGAGGGGAGGGGAAAACCGGUGUACUUGGAGAAAACUUCUGGGAGCAUCUGCGGCCUUGUGGAGGGCACCACUCUUGGUCCCCCAACCGACACUAAUAAUAUUAGUUUCAACAAAGUGCCCGCUUGUAUGUUAAGACGUUUUAUUUUUGUAUGUGCGUGAUCUGAUAUUUUUUGUUUGUUUGUUUGUUUUUCAGAAAUGAACUUUUGAAAACUAGACAACUUGCUGUUACAAAGCUAUUCAAUCUCUUAAAACUUUCUACAGAUGACACUGCAAAGUAUGUUCACCUACUGCGUUCUCAUUUCUUGUUCACUUUACUAUUUUUUAAUGGAACGAUUUUCGUCUUACCUUGACAUGAAAACGCGCGAACAAAACAGAAACAACAAACGAACGGAAAUAGAGAGAUUUGAUUGGUUUAUCGAACGGAUACAAACGCGUGUGGUUUUUUGGUUGGUUAAGCGAACGCGCUGGUGAAAAACCUUCCCCUAUAACUUUCUAGAAAUCAACCGAUACUUCACUUUGACGUCAUAAACACGAUUGGCCAAUCGAACGAUGCCUUCUCCAUAUUAGGGUUUUCUUUGGCGGGAAAACGAAGAGGCCCUGUUUUGAUUUUUUUUAUCCAUUGGCUGAUAAAACAAAUAAGGAACACUUACCAAACCAUUUUUCAAGGUCAUACGAAAAUCGCGCUAACCAAUUGAGUUCCCUAAUGCCCAAAAAACGUCCACGUUCUGCUUCGGUAUGACUGACCAUGGCAGGAUUAGUUCGGUAGGAAGAGUGCUGGCCUGCAGAGCGGGAGGUCGCGGGUUCUAUUCCCGUGACCAGACCAAUAUACUCAGGGUCUUAAAAUAACUGAGGAGGAAGAUCCUACGUUUUUCUUGUCAUGUUACAGUUACCGGGAUAAUCCCGACGUGGAGGCCUGGGUAAAGGGCUCAAAUGCAGGCCUUACCUUUUACCCCUUGUUUGAAGGGGCUUUUUCACGAAUGUUUUCAAAAUUCAGAUAAUACAUGCAAGAACUACCACCAGAUAGAGAGCAACAUAAAAAAAAAAACAUUCAAAGUAAUUAAAGGACAUUUAAAUAACACAGCAAAUACGAAAUAAGGCAUAGAUUAGCAAACUCGAAGAGGAUUAAAACGGAUUGCAAUUUUGGUUUUGAUACAUGUAACUUUUUGGGCUAACUUUUUUUCAAAGUUCAUUUGUGUCGUUUGUUACAUAUGGUGUGGAGACAAAUUUGUGUAACUAAGUGUUUUUUUUUUGGCCAUUUGCACUUUUUUUUGGGGGGGGGGGGGGGGGGUGAUUUUUUGUUUCUCCUUAAAAAAGACGCGGUAUAGUGUAUGUUGUGGUAGUGUUUUUUUUUGUUGUUUUUUUUUUUUUUUUUUUUUGUUUUUUUUUUUUUUUUGGGGGGGGGGGUGGUGUGUUAACUUUAUGUUCCCUAGCAAAAAACGACGCGUAAUUGGCAAUAUUGACAAAUUAAUCUAGACAGCCUUGACACAACUCCUUUAAGAUUCUGUUCUCCCGCAAUCAAUUAAUAAUGAAGGGUGGAGAGAGGUUUUAAUCCCUUCUGACAAAUUGAUGCAGGAGUCAAUUUAACAAAACUUUUACAAGUGUAAUUUACAAGUGUAGCUAUUGUUUUAGAGUCUGAAAACAAUAGCUACACUUGUAAAUUAAACGUGUUAGAGUUUUAGGUCACUUUACAUGUAGGUGUGUAUUUUUAAAAACACAGUCAAAACAUGUUGACGCGUUAUUCUUGUUUUUAUCUUGCCGCGGAAUUCCCAGAACUUUGGAAAUGUAUUGUGUAUUCUUCUUUUUCAGGUGUGAUGAUGAAUUCUUUGUACAGUUUCUAUUGGUUCUUAAAGGAAAGCGUCUUCUCAGUAGAUGUCUACCAGUCUUUAACACGGUAGGCAGAUAAAGUUAACUUCGCCAUUAAAUGUUUUAAACUAAUCAUUAUGCUCCUUCUUUCUGCUUCGUGAAUUUGUCAUUGUCAUCAGCAAGUGACUGAUCGCCUUUCUGAGCCAUAAAAAGAGUCAUGGUAGAGCAAUUUUCAUGUAUUUGGUUAAAAAGUAAGUUGAUGGUGAUUUUUACAGUUUUCGGAUAAAGCUGAGCUGAAAUUUUAACUAAGGAUUCUCAGUCAUCAUUUUCAUAAUUGGAACUGUAAUAGAAAAAUAUCAAAUGAUUCUAUUGAAGGGAAAACAAAGCGUGAUUGGUUCUUGGUCAUUUUUUGACACAGGAAUGUAACUUGAAAAAGCUGGCCCAAUUGUUUUAAUAUGCAUUCCGUUUUCAUGCCUACCUUUGAACGUCAAUGACGUAAUUUAUAGUUGAGAUACAUAAAUCAUUUUAGUGUUUUCUUUGAUUCCAAACUGUUUUUCAGCUUUUUUGUAGUACCAAAAAUUUUAGGGUGACAAAACUCCUUUAAAACCGUCGAAGAAAAGGUUCUUGGUUUGACUCGUAGAUCACGAUGGAUGUUUCCACUUUCCUGUUAGUCUCCUUUAACUCAUGAUUUCCACUAGCCACUCGUUCCCAUUUAUACAGUAUUAGAAUGGUCGGUUGUGUUAAGAGCUUGUAUUCCUUUUUACAUGUAACCCUCUUGAAGCAAAAUGAAUUAACCGUUUGACGUAACGAUUUACCGAAAAGAAUUCACGAAAACGCCCAAAUGUCCUUGGACCUCUCCGUUUCUUUCUUUGUUUGGCGUCGUCUUACCGACCCAAAGUUUUAACAUUUUCAAAAAACAAGUAUGGGUAAAACUUCUUUUUAACUCUAAUUAAUUCUUUUACUGUGAAACUCACAACACCGUAAAUACCAGAAAUAUUUAUGAAAUGUUGUUGUGUUGCAAGAAAUAAGCCAAUAAGGCGCGAGAUUCGAGCGAGAUUACUAAACCGCAAACAGCAACGGUAAUAAGUUUGUGGUUUUGAGGUUUGCUUGCGUAUCCUGAACUUUGAUGUGAUUGGCCAGUACACAAUCAACAUUCCUGAAAUUUUUCAGGUGUUCACGGUUUUCUGAGGUGGACAGGAAUCUGAAAAAUGGGCAUUGUUACAGCUUUUCGUAGCAUGGUUCAGGCUGUGUAUCCUUAUUGAUUUUUUGCAAUGCGAUGUUGUUUCCAGGCUCCACAACAAUACCGGACCCCAAUUCGUUUUGUUUUGUUUUUUUUUUGUACUUUUUUUUAUCCGACCGAGCUUAAAUCAGGAAAUGCAUUCGAAGCUAAACGAAAAAAAAGUGCAGUUGAUGAGGUUUCAUUUGAACGGUCACACCGCUCAAUUUUGUCCUCAGAUUCGAAAGUUAGAACUACAUACCAAAUGAAGAGUGCUUUGUGAGAGUACUACUUGGAUCGUUACAUUACAUGGCUUUGCAGUCUGCAGAUUUACAAGUUACAUGUCACUACUGAGCAAGAGGGGCGCAGUGGUGAGAGCACUCACCUCCCACCAAUGUGGCCCGAGUUCAAAUCCUGACGUCGACGCCAUAUGUGGGUUGAGUUUGUUGUUGAUUCUCUCCCUUAACCCAAGAGGUUUCUCUCCGGGUACCCCAGUUUCCCCCUCUCCUUAAAACCAUCACUUUCUUAUUUUUUAGUAUUGUAUUGUAUUUUAUUGUAUUAUGUAAUGUAUUGUGUGGUAUUGUAUUGUAUUUAUAAUAGUAUUGUAUUCAUUUUUUGCUGUUAUUUUCAGACGCAGAUAGAAGCCGUGUUGAUGGCCAUUACCAGGAAUAUCGUGACACUUAUUAAGAAAGACCCCAAUGAAGAGGUUUAUCUAUACAUUAAAAUUUUUCGUUGUUGCGAUGAAUAGUGCACAGUGUGGCCAAGUGGUCAGCGCAUCGGAUUCGCAAUCCGGCGUUCCUGGGUUCAAGGCCCGCUCUGACCACUUGCUGGGUUUGUUCACUGACGUCCCGAGCUUAAGUCCUCGGCCAGGCUCGUGAAUAGCUUUCCGUUUGGUUUUUAAUCCUGUUAUGUUCUAUAUUUGAGCAGAGUGUAGGGGCGGACGGAGGAUUUUGUGAUAGAGGGGACUUAGAGAUAUAGUAUACAGUGGCAAUAUGGGCGCGAUAGCACCCAUCAGGACUGCGAACGGCACACUUUUCUAGGGAGCGCAUGCUCCUCUGGGAAAAUUUUUGAGAUUGAAGCUCUCUGAGAUGCAACCUAGUGCAUUCUGGACGCUUAAAUCUUUAAGUUUGUUGGUUUGAAGCUAGUUUAUAAGGGCGGUUGAUUGGAAAAACGUUCGAUAAAUUUUCUUAUUAACAAUGUUUGUUAAAGAAAAUAUAUUUAAGUAACAAAGCUCGAAGUACCAUCCGACACACGUUUACAAAAGAAAAAAAUAUUCCCUGGCAGAAAGGGGGGGGGGGGGGGCCCUGGGCCCNACGUUGUCUUUGCACAACCCAUCGCCAAUACGCAAGCAUCACCUCUCCGUGUACUUUUGGUUAAUCAGGUACUGGUAUGACCAAGCUAAGACACUCUAGACUUUCUUUUUAUCGAAGGUUUCCUUCGUGAAGUAAAGCUCCUUGUUGGAGUCCGCAGUUCUACUCUCCAGUUUGCUAUUGCGCAUGAGCGGCACGUAUGUAGCCAGAGGCCGAUUUGAUAAAACUUAAAAGUGUAAUUUACAUGUGUGACCCGACUAACCAUUGUUUGAGAGUCUGAAAACAAUAGCUACACUAGUAGAUUACACUUGUAAUAUCAUAGGUGACGAAUUACUCCUUAAUUUUGGCGCGAAAUUUCAGCGAUUAUACUACUACAUGAGAAAUUUCUGCAAUCUGAUUGGCUUAGAGCAGUGGUAUUUCAGCUUAAUUUGAAAUACCUACAUGUAAAAAUUACAAAAACUCUUGCGGGUAGUAGUAUAAACAAAUAAUAGCAUGAUUCAUACUUGAUAUUUGGUAUAAAUACCACUCGUGAUAUUUUAAAAUUGUCUCAAAUUUCACUCGCCUAACGGCUCGUGAAAUUACGUAUAACAAUUUUGAAAUAUCACUCGUGGUAUUUAUGCCAAAUAUCACUACAAAUUAUGCUAUUACCUAUACUAUUUUGUAAUUUCACGUGUGAAAUUACAAAAUUGCCAUGGCAACCUUCUGUACGUCUCAGUGUCAAGAUGGCGACGAAGUUUUUAAAAUGCCGUGAAUGAAGAUGCACAAAAAGACGCUUUAGAAAACCUGAACACACAAGAGAACAUCAAGAAGGACUCUAACAGGUAUUUUGCCGAAAAAGUCUGAAAAAUUCUGAACUUUACAAGCCAAAUUUAAGGUCUAAACAUUUGAGAGAGUGGAGUUCUCGAUCGAUAUGAUCCAGGAUAAACAUGUCAAAAAUCCAAGAUUGCUAACGUAAUUCGUCACCCAUGAUAUUAAUAGGUAAUCAAAUGGUAUACUCGUGAAAUAGGUCAAUUGCACGAUGGCGUCAUUGUACUACAACUACCAGAAUCCUUGAGUUUUCUGUUUUCUUGUGCAAAUUAAGGCUAUUGUUCUUUAAUCCUCAGCGGGAUUGAAAAAUUUAAAUAAGAAAGCAACACCGAAAUGAAUUCUGGUAGUUGUAGUCAAAUAUCGUCAUCGUGCAAUUGUCCUAUUAGGGAAUAAUUUCACUUGCCUUUAAGGAUUUGGACAAAACGCGCGUGAAAUUAUUCCCUAAUUUCACUCGUCACCAUUUGAUUACACAUACUAUAUGUGAAUUGACCCCCAUCAUUUGUUUGGACUACCACCAAGAAUUAACGGCAUGCAUCAACAUAGAACGUCUACCGCUUUCUACCGCGUGGAAAACGUACGCAGAGCACAGUAUUACGGCAAGAACGUUUUGACCUUCGAUGUUUCUCACCCGCACUCCCUUCCCUUUGGUUAUUACUAGCAAAAAGACAUCAUCAGCGAUUUCGUUGUCAUUUGAGCUCUUUUUGAGUUUACUUGGGAUACCUGUGGAAUGGCCAGGCCCCAGUUGUUCAAAAGGUGAAUAAAGCUAUGGAAAUUACAGUGACUAGUAAAUUUGCACUUAAUCAAGUGUUCAAGGACUGAAGAUUAUCAAGAGAAAGAGACAUGAGAAUUAUUAUAAUAAUCAUCAAAGUGAAAGUGCUUUGUCAAAAACAAAUUCUCUCAACGAACCUUUUCAGGAAAUGCGUGAAGAUCAGUUUGGGAAUUUGUAUCCGGAUAUUGACGCUUAAAGGGUUAAAUUAGUACUAGAACUCUUAGAGUCUGUUUACAACGAGAGAGGGUUACCCUUGUGCUAGGGUUACCCUAGCAAGCGGGUUAAAGUUAGCUCUUGUUUACAAGCAGAGAUAGGGUUACCCCUAUCACCGGGGUCAACUUUACCAGCUUUGCUGACGUGUAUCGUCAUGCGUGACAUUCUUUGUAACGACCCAAAAUUUGAAAUAAUCUAGAAGUUCUCUAUGGAAAACAUGUUAAAUUCACGAACAAAAGGGGAAAAUAUUUCAUUGUAGACAGAAAUAACCCUUUAUUUUUCAUAUGUUUAUAAUUAAGCUCAGGAAUUGGAUAAUACAGUUCAAAUUGGCACCAUUACUGGUCACGCAUGAAAGUUGACCCGGGUAGGCGAGUUAACUGUCUUGCUAGAGUAACCCUAGCACUCAGGUAGGGUUAUCCAAGUGCUAGGGUAACCCUACCUGCUUCGUAAACACGUUGUGUGAAAAAAGAAGAAAUAUGCGAAAAAUAUGCUAGGGUAACUCCAGCACCUGGGUUACCCUCCCUCCUUGUAAACAGGGCCUUACUUGUGUCCUCCGUAAUGUUUUUGUUUGAGCUAACUGUCCUUUAGAAUUAGCUAUAUCCAGCAAAUUACCUUGCACAAAUUUGAUUGACUGCCAGAUGAUUGGUGGUCAUCUUUUUACUGCAUAUAGUAAACAGUUAAGAAAUAGUCAAUCCCUCAGAGCGUUAUCGUUUUCAUUGAAAUAAGUGCACUUUUUGUGAUCCUUGUAUUUUCAGUUUGGUUUGGGACUUUUAAGCUUGUUACUGGGAAGAGCGGCCAUUGUCUCCAACAGCCUAACUGAAUCAGAAGAUGAAAUAAGGAAGUCAUGGUAAGAAUCUAUAUUGAAUUUCAGUUUUACGAUAAAUGAUUAUUUUGGAUUAAAAUGUAAUGAUCAGUCAGAAGAAAACACAGAUACCCAACACGUACACAAACUUGCUCUUUUCCUCUUUUCCCUGCCAGCACCAGUGGGAAUAACAUCACCCCUACCACCACCACCACCACUAUUACUACCACCACCAUUUCUACUACCAUUACCACUACCAUUACCACUACCAUCACCAUUACCAUUAACACUACAACCACCAUAACCAUUAUAACCUCCUAUACCACCACCGCUACCACCACCAUUGCUACUUUUAACACCACUACCGUAAAUCACCACUAUUGCCACUAUCAUCAACACUACCACUUUCACUACCAUUACCACUACCACCACCAUUACCACUACCAACACCACCUUCAAUAUCAUUACCACGCCCACCAACCUUACCACCAAUACUAUCUUCACUACUCGCAACCUCUUUCUUAUUUGUAUUUCCUUGAUUUUAAGGUUAAAUAUUGUUUCGCGAGUUGCUAUUGAAUUUCAAGAUGUCCCUGUAAAGCAGUUAGGAAGAAACCUCGAAGCAGCUGACCGAUUAGUGGCUUUGUUGUCCAGCUGCACUGAUCUCCAGACCAAAGCACUACUACAGGAACACUUAAGGUUUGCC